AAAUAACAGCGGAAAACACAAGGGUCUGUAAACACAGCAGAAGCUGGUAUUAAACUCCUCCCUGUAUCACAUGUAGCACAGGGGAAAGGUUCAGGCUAUGCAAUGUACCAUCGAAUGAUGAUAGUGGUUAUUUAUUAAGAACAAGCGGUGCAACUUGUGAACGGAUGUUUUCAUUUUCUCCACGUAGACUGGUUCGGCACUCAGCUGUACAAUGGCUAACUGGGACUAUGACUAUUUGAUCAAGCUGCUGGCUCUGGGGGACUCAGGAGUGGGAAAGACCACCUUCCUCUACAGGUACACUGACAACAAGUUCAACCGCAAAUUCACAACCACAGUGGGCAUCGACUUCAGGGAAAAGAGAGUGGUUUAUACGGGGACAGGUGUAGAUGGGGCAACUGAGAAGAACUUCAAAGUUCACCUUCAGCUCUGGGACACAGCAGGACAAGAGAGGUUCCGCAGCCUCACCACAGCUUUCUUCCGAGAUGCCAUGGGUUUCCUGUUGAUGUUUGACUUGACCAAUCAGCAAAGUUUCCUCAAUGUCAGAAACUGGAUGAGUCAGCUGCAGGCCAACGCAUACUGUGAGAGUCCAGAUGUGGUGUUGGUGGGUACCAAGGCAGACGUCAGAGACAUGAGAAGUGUUCACGCCAGGCAAGCCAGAGAUCUGGCAGACAGAUAUGGCAUCCCGUACUUUGAGACGAGUGCAGUGACGGGUGCUGAUGUGGACCUGGCGGUGACCACCCUGCUGAAUUUGGUGAUGAAGAGGAUGGAGCAGAGCACAUACGGGGGCCAAGGCUCAGAACCCAAUGGCAGCCCCGUCUCCAGCCAUGAAGUGGAGGAGGCAUCUGUGAGGAGCAGGUGUGCCUGCUGAUGUUGCAACCACCAGCUCCUCUUUUCUCUUUUACACCAUAUAUCACUGCAUUUUGAGAUCCUACCAUUUUCUCGAGAUCUACAACAGCCUGUGAAAUGAGACAUUUGAGAUCCUAAAACCAAGCAAAAUAUAAGCCCAUACUGUACAUGAAAGGAGAAGAGCUUUGGAAAGUUUCAUUUAAAGCGUUAUUAUUGUUACAGUAUAAAUUCGUCUUCUAGUGUUAUUUAUUCACACACUUUGUAUUGUCAGAAACAACAUAAAAGAAAACUGCAAAAUGAAACAACUGUAUGUCCACUUAUAAAAAACUGCAGUACUAUGUAAAAGUCUU